ACUACGUUAAAGGCAUUUGUAUAAGUCUCUUCCGCCAAAAUUGGAAAUGUAUAUCAUCGGAGCUUCCAGCUGAGAAUCCAAUUUAGGGUUGAGCUUUGCCGGAGUUAUCAAGAAAUCUACGGGAGGGGCGGAGAGAGAGAGAGAGACAGGGGUUUUCGAUGGCGAGGAACGGGAUUGGGAGCACGGCAGGGAAGAAGAAUGGAGCAGGGCAGUUCUUUUUAGCGACGCUGCUUCUAUGGCUAGUAUCCGUCGUGUUUGAGAUUGUUUUCAAUCUCCGGAACGAGCUUCUAUGGGUGAUAUGCGGUGGAUGUUUCUUUCAAUUGAUGAAUUGGGUGGUUCGUUCGUGGAUAUCUCGUGACCCUCUCUUUGUUAAUACCUCUGUCUCGCUUUUGCACUCUAUCGUUACCUCCGCAUCAGUGGUUUUCAUUCUGCUCAAUCAAUGCUUAGCUAAAGGGUUAGACGAGAUGUUCGAUCAUUCUGAGUUGGUUGGUGGUACUUGGAAAUGGGCAUAUCCAGCUUUGUGUUUCUCAUGCGGCUACUUUGCGUAUGACCAGUGGGAUAUGCUUCAGUACCGGCUGUACAGCGGCUUAAUACCUUCCAUUCUAAUUCACCAUCUCGUCCUCCUUGUUUGCUUCACCUUGGCUCUGUACCGAAAUGUAACCAUCAACUACCUGAUUCUUACUCUCAUUUGUGAGAUGCAUUCGAUCUUUCUGCACGUGAGGAAGCUAAGGAGAAUGGCGGGAAUCCGAGACAGUAACACGGCAUUGGUUAAACUGGAGUGGGUACUAAACUGGACAACCUUUGUGUUUGCAAGGUGCAUUCCUCACAUUCUCAUCUCUGUCAAGCUAAUCAAAGACGCACACAAGUUUGGGAGAGGCGUGGAGUUACCCCUAGCUCUGUCUGGUAUGGCGGGAAUGCACAUCCUCAAUGUCGGCCUAGGAUUGGAUCUGUUUCAUGCUUUCAGAAGAGAGAGAAGUACCAAGAGAAAUCAAGAGAACAUCAAUCAUCACAACCAUGGAGAAUAGUAGCCAAUUUAGACGCUCACAGUUGCAGAAUAUGGUUUGUUGUGUAACUACUACUCCACUCAUCUGUUGUUUGUGUAUCUGAGGUGUUGCUACUAACUAAGUUCUAAUAGCAUUCAGAACUAUUUGUACUACAGGGAAAAAUAAAAUAAAAAAUAAACUAUUUGUAAAUGUUAUUUAUUGGUGAUUACAAUUAGGCUUGGGGGCAUUCGCUUUUUCAAACUAGACUUUUGGUUCGGUUUGAAGACA